GACGAAGGAGAAUUACUCAAAGACUCUGGAGAAGAUAAAAAUAUGGCGGCCGAGCCUGGCACAAGCGGCACGAACGUUUCGCUGUCCGCUGCCGACUUUAAGAGUCUUUCCCUGGCAAUAUUAAAUGUGUCAAAAAGACUCGAUAAAUUGGAGGAAAAGCCUUCUACGACGGGUAAAGGCCCUGGCAAACGACUGAGCCAGGAACAUCAAAAUGCCGUUCCCGCCAAAAAGCCCGCCAAAGAAUGCUCGAGCUCCUCAAGCGAGCAAAAUACCUCGGAUAACGAGGAUGUUCAAACACUCAUGGCUAAAGUUGCCGGCGAUGUUGACGAUCUCGGUAACGGGGACGAAGAUGAAACGCUUACAGAACUACAGAAAGAGUACGAGUCUGAAGACUCUAUCGGGAAGAACAUUCAAAACCCACAAUUUGCCAAGCUCCUUGGCAAGAUGUUUCGCAAUCGUUUGCCAGACAAAGUCCUUAAAGAGAAGCUCGAGCGACAAGCUCGACCGGAAAACUGUGAAACUGUAAAACCCACACGUGUCAACCCGGGUAUUUGGCGAAAACUUCGUGAGCACACGCAAAAGAGGGACUUACAAUUGUACAAGAUGCAGCAAGCCCUCGUUAAGGGUAUAAUCCCGGUCGCCCGGUUGACAGACCUGACCAUGUCAGAAAAGCAUGGGUUAGACAAAGAGGGCAUGCAGCUGAUCAAGCAAUUUGGGCUUGAUGCCCUGUCACUACUAACGCAUGUAAACUAUGAACUAAACAUGCAGAGAAAACAGCUCAUGAAACCUGACAUUGGCAAAGACUACGCCGCCCUUUGCUCACCUCAUGUACCAUUCACAGACCUGCUUUUUGGUGACGACCUCCAAAAGCAGUUGAAGGACAUAGGUGAUGUAGACAAGAUUGGUGCAAAGGUACAAAACCAUAGAGGAUCUCAGAGGAAUCCUUCUGGUUACAACAGCAGCAAUACAAACAGACACACGUUUUCUCAACGGAAUCCAAAAAACUCCAAAGGCCAAACAUUCAGACCUUGGCGUCACAAGGAGACUCCAAAGAUGAACCCAAACAAGAGGUCAUCACAGUAGCUCAUGGUCUUAACACGGUAAAUUCUGCUGUACAAAAUUUUGUUGCUGGUAACAUAGCUCAUCACUUUUCUGAGUGGAGGUCUAUUACCUCAGACCCAAGCAUCCUUGAGAUUGUAUCGGGCUAUCUUAUCGAUUUUGAACGGUUACCAUACCAAACAUAUGUGCCCUAUAUAAAAUUUUCUAAAGGUGAUGAACACAUUAUUGCAGUAGAGGUUCAAAAACUUCUUGAUAAAGGUGUUUUGAGCAAGACAACACACUGCAAUGGAGAAUUCAUCUCUUCGGUCUUUACAAGACCAAAGAAAGAUGGGUCUCAUAGACUCAUCCUGAACCUCAAAAAUCUUAAUGAGUUUGUUACUUACCAGCAUUUUAAAAUGGAAUCCCUCCAAUCAGCUGCCCAACUACUUAAAAAGACUAUUGGAUGGCAGUUCUAGACCUCAAGGAUGCUUAUUACUCUGUACCGAUAAAUCUCCAGCACAGAAAAUACCUAAGGUUUGAAUUUAACGGAACCCUUUACGAGUUUACUUGCUUGCCAAAUGGCCUGGCCUCGGCCCCUAGGGUCUUCACCAAGCUUAUGAAACCAGUCUAUGCAACACUGAGAUCCAAAGGAUACCUAAUAGUGGGUUACAUAGACGACAUAUUACUAAUGGCAGAAACACAAGAGCAGCUAUCGCAAGUAGUUGCUGACACGGUUGCCCUACUCAGGGCACUUGGCUUCACAAUCCAUGAUACUAAAUCUGUCACGACACCCUCUCAGAUAGCCAAAUUUUUGGGAUUCAUAUUGAAUUCUAAGAAUAUGACCAUCUCCAUGAUCCCGGAGAAGGCUGAUAUUGUACGAUCUAAGUGUCACAGCCUUGUGCAGAUACAAGGUCCUGCCCAAAUCCGAGAGGUGGCCUCAGUUGUGGGUUUGAUGGUAUCCUCAUUUGCAGGAGUGUACUAUGGGCCAUUAUUUUAUAGAUCUCUAGAGAAUAUCAAAACUGAUGCACUGCAAGCAAAUGGCUGGGAUCUUGAGGGGAAAGUAACACUCUCACCCCUGUGCAAACAAGACCUCCUUUGGUGGAUAAACAAUGUUGACCAAUAUCCACAAACCAUCACACCACAAAUCCCACAUCUAACCCUGACAACCGACAGCUCACUUACGGGCUGGGGGGCAGUGAUAGAGGGUACCUCAAGUGUUGCAAGUGGUAGAUGGUCAUUCCAGGAAUCCCAACUUCAUAUUAAUUUCCUAGAGUUAAAAGCCAUCCUUCUGGGACUGCAGUCACUCUGCAGUCACCUUACAAAUUGUACCAUCAAAGUGCUUUGUGACAAUACAACUGCAGUCUCGUACAUCCGCAGUAUGGGUGGCUCUAAAUCUAGGAACUGCAAUGAUAUAACUAGGGAAAUUCUCAUCUGGUGCAUGCAGAGGCAGCUGGCACUAUCAAUCUCCCACAUACCAGGGAAAUUAAAUACAGAAGCUGAUAGAGCUAGCAGAGAAUAACACAACAGUAAUACAGAAUGGUCCCUAGACCCUACCAUUUUUGAUGAACUUAAACUUAAAUGGGGCGAUCCUGAAAUAGACAUGUUUGCAUCAAGGCUGAACCACAAAGUGUCUCCAUAUGUAGCCUGGAAACCAGAUCCAGGUGCAGCAGCUACUGAUGCAUUCACUCUGGAUUGGUCCAGAUAUAAACUUAUCUAUUGUUUUCCUCCUUUCAGCCUCAUAGGCAAAGUCCUUCAGUUUAUCCAAGAAAGCAGAACAACAGCCAUACUUGUGUACCCAUACUGGCCAACCCAGGUGUGGUACCCACAGCUCCUACAGUUGAUGAAAUCUCCUCCAAUAUCAAUCAAAAUGCACCGCAAAACCAUUACUCUCCCACAUCAACCAGAACAAGUCCACCCAUUAUAUCCCAAACUUCAACUUCAUGGAUGUCUCUUAUCAGGGCAUCCUUAGCUGCUCAAGGCAUAACGGGGGAACCUCAGGACAUCAUCGUGGCGUCAUGGCGAGAUGGAACCCGCAAACAAUACUGCACAUAUAUUACAGCCUGGUUAAAGUACUGCUCUGAUUGUAACAUCAGCCAAGUCAAUCCCAAGCUGCAGCAAGUCCUUGAUUUCCUUACUCUGCAAUCUAAACGUGUGGGAUAUAGUGCGGUUGCAACUGCCCGAAGUGCACUGUCAAGUUUCAUUAAAUUUGAUGGUGUAAAAGUGGGUGACCACCCCUUGGUGUCAAGGUUUAUGACUGGCCUGUUUAAUCAAAAGCCAGCCCUUCCACGCUACUCUGAGACUUGGGACCCCCAAAUAGUGCUUAACCACCUUAAGACAUUUCCAGCUAUUGAUGAUAUGUCACUGAAACAGCUUACCCUGAAACUGGUCAUGCUUAUGGCCCUAUUGUCUGCACAGAGAGUUCAGACUUUACAGUCCUUGUCCUUGGAAGAAAUGAGUACCCUACCUGGAAAGUAUGUCUUUCGCAUCUCUUCUGUUUUAAAACAAAC